AUGGCGCCCCUCGAUCCUAGCCUCGAUCGCAUCCAGCAGUGUCUCGACGACGUGGUCCAAUCUGCUGGUCAGUACCGUGCACAGUCAACCUCGCUUAGCAGCCAGGAUGCACGGUACGAUCUGAUGGUCAAAGCGAUGCGUCUGGUGCAGACCAUCCGCGGACCCGCCGACUUGGUGUUUGCGAACUUCGAAAAUAUGGCCAAUCUAGGCGCUAUCCGCACGCUGCUUGAAGCGGGCGUAUUUGAUGCCAUCCCCUUGGGGGCCAAGAGCAUGUCGGCCACCGACAUUGCUGCCAAAACGGGCGUGAGUAAAGAGGUCAUAGUGCGCAUGAUGCGGGCUGUCACCCCCCUCGGGCCCUUCCGCGAGACAGGUGAAGAAGAGUACGCCCACACCCCGAACUCGGAGAUCUACCUGGCACCCCAGAUGCGUGCAGUCUUAGGACUAAUGGUAGAUGAAUAUUGCCCCGCUAUGCUGCGCACCCACGAGUUCCUCCGUCGACAUCAAUGGCAAGAUCGGAUCGGCUUACGCAGUAACCCGUACACACUCGUGCACAGCUGCGAGGGGCAGACGAUGUUCGAGCAUGUCUCUCAAAGCCCGGAGCGUCUGACGCGAAUCAACGAUGCGAUGGUCGCCGAGGAUUCUCUGCUGGCGGAGAUCGGGCUGUAUCCCUUCAAGGAGCGGCUAGGAGCGCUCGCUCAAGCGGACCAGCCCACCAUCGUCGACGUCGGAGGUGGACGCGGUCACAUUCUUCGCCAACUCAAGGCCAACACCGCAGGACUGGGCGGCCGCUUCAUCCUCCAGGACCGGGCCAGCGUCAUCGCCGACAAUGGGCCGGAGAUGACCCGCCAUGGGAUCGAGCUGAUGGCGCAUGACUUCUUCACACCGCAGCCGGUCAAAGGCGCUUUAGUGUAUUAUGUGCGCCGGACGCUGCACGACUGGCCGGACGAGGAGGUACGCCAGAUCCUGGCACAUUUGGCGGGCGCAAUGGAUCGGGACAAGUCCCGCAUCCUCAUUACCGAGACGAUUAUACCCGAGGUCGGCGCUACGAUGUCCCACGCCUACAUGGACCACACCAUGAUGACGUUUGGGGGGACCGAGCGGACGGCCAAGGAUUUUGCGCGCCUGUUCGACCAGGCGGGGUUGGCUUUGGCGCAGGAGUGGAGGGCCCCCGGAGUGCCGAUGAUGGUUGUGGAGGCGCGUUUGAAGUAGAUUUCUGCCUCCAUCCCCGAGAAUCGGCGUGUUCUCUGUUAACUAGUGGGAGCUUUACGAGGAAUGACAUCCGAUGUUAUGGAGUGGCCCAAGCUUUUGUUCUGAUCCUGUAGAAUGCGGCCUGCAAAAGACUUAGCCGGGAUUAAUGUUCUUUGUACCAAUUGAUCCUUCGGAUUUGCCGACUUGGCACAAGAUGUCCGAUGUUCUUUCAGUGGUUGGUUGGUA